AUGGCGGACGCAUUGAAGGCGGAGGGCAACAAGGCCUUCUCUGCAAAGGACUAUCCCACGGCCAUUGACAAAUUUACACAAGCCAUUGCUCUUGAGCCGGACAACCAUGUCCUCUAUUCUAACCGAUCCGCGGUCUAUGCGGCCCAGUCGGAGUACCAGAAGGCGCUCGACGAUGCCAACAAGGCUACAGAGCUGAAGCCUGACUGGGCCAAGGGGUGGAGCAGGAAGGGAGCUGCCCUGCGUGGACAGGGAGAUCUUCUCGGAGCUCUCGAUGCAUAUGAGCAGGCCUUGAAGCUCGAACCCAACAAUGACCAAUUCAAAUCUAGCGUGGAGUCUGUCAAGAGGGCAAUCAAUGGGGAGGCCAAAGCGGACGGCUUUCCUGGAAAUCUCUUCAAUGAUCCGCAGCUCUUCCAGAAACUGGCCAACAACCCCAAGACAUCUCACUUGUUGGCGGACCAUGAAUUCAUGUCAAAGCUGCAGCGGUUGAGGCAGAACCCAAGCAGCAUGGGAGACGAGUUGCGGGAUCCCAGAUUCCUCCAGGUCAUGAGCGUCCUUUUGGGCAUCGACAUGCAGUUCGGUGGCGCUCCGGGCGCAGGGGGUCCAUCAGGUGCCGCUGCUGAAGCAGAGGAGGAUGUGCCUAUGCCGGAUGCCUCUCGUCCCAAGCCUGAGGAGCCCAAGAAGGAGCCCGAGCCCGAGCCUGAGCCCGAAGAUGAAGAGACCAUCGCCAAGAAGAAGGCGCAGGAGGCUGGUGACGCUGAGAAGAAAAUAGGCAACGACUUCUACAAGAAGAGGCAAUUCGAUGAGGCCAUUGAACACUACAACAAGGCCUGGGAACUCAACAAGGAUGUCACCUAUCUGAACAACAUCGGGGCUGCCAAGUUCGAGAAGGGUGACUACAAGGGGGCCAUCGAGGUCUGUGAACAGGCCGUCAGCGAAGGUCGGGAGCUGAAGGCUGAUUUCAAGACCAUUGCCAAAUCCUUUGCACGAAUUGGAACGGCAUACGAGAGACUGGGCGACCUUACUAAGGCUAUCGAAUACUACAACCGAUCACUCACUGAGCACCGUACCGGGGAUGUCCUGACCAAGCUGCGCGCUGCAGAAAAGGCCAAGAUCAAGGCGGAGAGAGAUGCCUAUAUCAACCCGGAGGAAGCGGAGAAGGCCCGUGAGCUUGGCCAGAAGAAGUUCCAGGAUGCCGAUUACCCUGGUGCCGUCGACGCCUUCACUGAGAUGACCAAACGGGCUCCUGACGACCCGCGUGGAUACUCCAACCGUGCGGCAGCCCUCAUCAAGCUGAUGGCGUUCCCUCAGGCGGUGCAGGACUGCGAUGAAGCCAUCAAGCGGGACCCCAAGUUUAUCCGUGCAUACAUCCGCAAGGGCCAGGCACUCUUGGCCAUGAAGGAGUACAGCAAGGCUCUCGAUGCCCUCACGGAAGCGCAAGAGCAGGAUGAAAAGGGCCAGCACACGCGGGAGAUUGAACAACAGCAGCAGAAGAUUAUGGAGGCGCAAAUAGCCGCCCGCGCUGGCGAGACGGAGCAGGAAACAGCCGAGAGAAUUCAGAAGGACCCGGAGAUCAUGUCUAUCCUCCAGGACCCUGUCAUGCAGAGUAUCCUGCAGCAGGCCCGGAGCGACCCUGCUGCCCUUCAGGAGCACAUGAAGAACGCGCACGUGCGGAGCAAGAUUCAGAAGCUCAUCGCGGCUGGUGUCAUCCGGUUGGGACGGUGA